GCCAUCCCAUCCUCCACCAAAACAAUGCUAUAAAAAUUGCUCUACCCCCUCCCUCUCUCUAUAGGGGUGAAAUGAAAAUAGUACAAAUGGGAAGAGAAGUGUGUUUGUUUCUAGCCAUCAUCAGUGGAGGCCUCUUCAUUAGCUUGGUGGCUGCAGGUGGAGGAGAUUGGAACAUUUUGAAUCAUCUUCACAAAAACAGGCCAUUCAAUGUGAAUGCAAAUGUGCAUGUGAGUGGUGGUGGUGGCAGUGGCAGUCACAGCGGCAGCCUGAAGAAUUACUGUGAGAGUUGGAGGAUGAAUGUGGAGAUGAACAACAUAAGGGGAUUUGAAGUAGUUCCUGAAGAAUGCAUUGACUUCAUAGGCAAAUACAUGACCUCUUCUCAGUACAAGGCCGACUCCGAGAGGGCCAUCGAAGAGUCUUCACUCUAUCUCAGUAGUUGCUGCUCUUUCAAAGGUGUUGGUAAAGAUGCAUGGAUCUUUGACAUUGAUGACACCCUCUUAUCUACUCUACCUUACUUCAAGAAACACCACUUUGGGGGAGAGAAGCUGAAUGUGAGCUGUUUGGAAAAAUGGAUGAGAGAGAGAAAGGCACCGGCUCUUGAGCACACACAGAGACUGUUCGAGGAGAUAAGAGGGAAGGGGAUUAAGAUCUUUUUGAUAUCCUCUAGAAGGGAAUCCCUCAGAGAUGCCACUGUUGAUAACCUCAUCAAGGUUGGAUAUCAUGGAUGGACUUCUCUCAUAUUAAGGGGUAUGGAAGAUGAAUAUAGAGAAGUGCACAAUUACAAAGCUGAGGCGAGGAAACGGUUGGUUGACGAAGGUUACCACAUAUGGGGCAUCAUUGGUGAUCAAUGGACUAGUUUUGAGGGACUCCCUGCUGCUAAAAGAACUUUCAAGCUUCCAAAUUCCUUGUAUUAUGUUUCCUGAAAGCUAAACCCCCAUUUAAUCAACCUAUAUGCUUGUAAUUUUUAUUUUUAUUUUUUACAUUUUUAUUUUUAAGUCAAGGAGAGUGGGGAUGGUGGAAGGGAUUCUUGAGACUUGAUGAGCAAACAUGACUUGAUUUAAAUUUUAGAUGAUUUUAUCACUGCACUAAUCAGCCAUAUUAUUAUUA